CUUUGGAAUGCGGUGACGUCACCGGGGGGCUCCAAGCCUUGCUGGCAAGAAAGUUUCUUGUUGGGGAAAAGGCAAGAAAGGGGCUGGUGGCGACGAGAGAGUUGCCUUCGGAGCCCUGGGCUGGGAGCCGGACCCAGGUAAUUUUCUCUUGACAGAGUUGCACAUGUAUUCGAUUUCCUAAGAGAAGUGCAUUGCCUCUACCUGUCCCUUGGCCCAAAGUGGGCCUGGCUUUAUAAAGAAAGACUGAAAGCUUCCCUCGGGAUGUCCGGCCCCACUUGGCUUCCCCCAAAACAAGUUGGCAUCCCGGGACAGCCUGGCAUCACCGUCUCUGCCCCCACAGUCUGCAAACCCCAGAAGAGCUUUGCUUCGGUGCCCGCCUUGCCAAAACCCCUGUAUGGGUCUCAGGAGGCAAAUGGGACGAUGAACUCAACCGGAGCUUCCCCGCGCUACCAGCCUCAAGUGCCAGGGCCUUCUUCUUUUCUCCAGGAUCCCUCGCCUGAGCAUCAUUACUCGCCCGCAGACGAAUCUUGGGCUGGUGUUUCUCACACUGGCUAUCCCCUGCAGAGCGGGGGCCCCCUGGAUCAUGGCCCUCCCCACUCCUCCAACAUCGAUGUCCAGAUCGAUUCACUGACCAGCAUGUUGGCUGACAUGGAGAGCGCCAGGAACCGCCGAGGGGAGCGGCCGAAUUUCGAGUCCACCCCAUAUCCUCCGGCCCAUUCGCAGCCCAGUGGCGCCAAACCAACAUCAGCCUACAAACCCGUUCCAACCUUCUCUCCUGCCAAGUCUUCUGCCUUCACCGCCAACAACAAUAGCUAUGCCAAGAAUGUGCCUUACGGGAGCAACCAGCCCUCUCAGCCCCCAUCCUACCCGGCCGUGCCUUCCUCUUAUAUCACUUCCAUUCCGGGUGAUGCCUACAGUGCCAACUACCACCGGGCAACUGGGGUGCCCAAACCAUACCCCCAACCGAUACCAGCAUCUUAUGCCACAGCCUCUUCUCCUGCCGGCCCCCCAGUCAACAUCCAGGUGAAGGUGGCCCAACCGGUAUUGGGCUACAACCAGCCCCGACGCCGUCCAGAGGUUGCUUAUGGUCCGCCAUCUCCACGGCCGGGCUACGGGACAAAACCUCCCCCUCAGUACACCUCAGAGCCAGGGGUCAGGACCCGAUCCCACGAGGUGGAGCCAUGGUAUCCGGAGCCCCCAUCUUACGGCAGGCGGCUGGGCGAGGGGGAGUUUUAUCACGGUCUUGGAGGGCACCCCAGGAUGGGGGCACCUCAACCCGGACCAUACCAGACUGGGUUGGGCAAACCAGUGAAGGAAGAGUUGGCGGUCGCCUCCCAGAUGCCCUCGAGUGGUGGAGGGAUGAGGUACCAGCACCAGGUACCUCCAAGCCGCCCUGAAGAGGAGCUGGACCGUCUCACAAAGAAAUUGGUCUACGAUAUGAACAAUCCGCCAUCUGGGGAGUAUUUCGGCCGCUGCUCCCAAUGUGGGGAGAACGUGGUUGGCGAUGGCACAGGCUGCGUUGCCAUGGACCAGGUCUUCCAUGUGGAGUGCUUCACUUGUGCCACAUGCCGCUGCCGUCUCCGUGGACAGCCCUUCUACGCCAUCGACCGCCGCUCUUACUGUGAAUCCUGCUACAUUGUGACCCUGGAGAAAUGUUCAAUGUGCUCCAAGCCGAUCAUGGACCGGAUCCUGAGGGCAAUGGGGAAGGCGUACCACCCGCAGUGCUUCACUUGUGUCGUUUGCCACCGGUGCUUGGAUGGAGUCCCUUUCACUGUAGAUGCCACCAGCCAAAUCCAUUGCAUUGAAGAUUUCCACCGGAAGUUUGCUCCCCGGUGUUCGGUCUGUGGAAAUGCCAUCAUGCCAGAACCCGGGCAAGAAGAGACGGUGAGGAUUGUGGCCCUGGAUCGCAGUUUUCACAUCGGUUGCUAUAAGUGUGAGGAGUGUGGUCUUCUCCUCUCCUCCGAAGGGGAAGGUCGGGGCUGCUAUCCUCUGGACGGCCAUAUUCUCUGCAAGAGCUGCAGCGCGCAACGGAUCCAGGAGCUCUCCUCCAAGAUCACCACGGACUGCUGAAAACUGCUGAUGUGAUGGGAGGAAGAAGGCUGACAUAUUUGGCUCCUGCCUCCCCAUCUCUCUUCGGCGUUGGGGAAGGAGAGGCUGACCUGCCCCUGGUUUUCAGCACCCCCUGCUCUUCUCUCUCAACACCUCUUUUUCUGCCCAGCCAACUUCAUAAGAGAUUCAUUUUGUAUAUUAUUUCGUUGUUGUCGUUUUUGUUUGUUCUGAUCUUGUAAUCACCAAACCUGCCCCUGUGUGUGAGUGUCGACGUGAGAAUUGUGAGUGGGAGGGUCAGGUGGCAAGGUUUCUAGUAAAGUGAGCAUCGCCUCUCGACCCUGUAACCCACCCCUUUUCAUCCCCCACACAUAGUGUCUUCUCCCACCGUGAGGAAAUAAUGGCAGAGCCUCUUAUGGGAGAGAUUCAUAUGGGGUUUUUUGUACUACAGUUCCCAGAAUCCUGCUUCUGGGAGGGAUUCUGGGAGGUGUGGUAGAAAAAAAGUAACUUUCCUAGAUCAUUUGCAGUCUGUGAAGGCUGGCUACCUAAACCUGCAUUGAGUUUAGCUAAGCUAGCAUUGAUCUUAGCUAAGCCAGCUAGCUAAGCCACCAUUGAUUAAGGCUAACUAGCUAAGACAGGAGGGUUUCUCACUUAUCCAAAUAUUAUCAUGUAGGGGUUGAUGAUGAAAACUACUCCCUAAGCUGUUGAUGAGGGGAUUCUGGGCGUUGUAGUCCAAACAAAAGAGACCUUUUCCUCAAGCUUUGGGUAUAGCGUCCCUUGAACCACACUCCUGAGUUUUUUGGAGGCAGAACAGAGAAUUGGUGCUCUAUCCUGGUCCUGUUUUACUCGCCUCCCCACACAUAACUGAGGUAUCCCUGACCCCCAGACCCAUAAGCUGGACUUAGCUGGUUGGUUGGGGGCUUUUUGCUAUUCCCCCACCCACUCCAUACACUGAGCGAUUGCAAAGGGAGAGCCCAGACUCUUGGGCCCCGUUGCCAUCUCCUUACUGUUCUUGUGCCUUUUAAUAAAAACAGUUCCCCAAAUGGCCAUUCUUUUAUGGGCUGGGUGGUUAUUGUUAUUUUUACAUAUUGAAACACCACCACUCUGAGGUCUGGCUCAGGAUGGUGGUUACACACCUGUGUGGGUCCUAUGUCAAAAUUUUAAAUAAAGAUGUGUCAAAUUUCA